AACAAUGUUCCGGCAAAUUUUAAAUAAAAUCCGUCCAAACUGCCAAGCGAUGCCUAGAGCCACUUACCAGAACUACGUGAUGUCGGACGUCUUAGCGCAGAUGGAACGAGAAUGCGAGAAGUUCUGCCCGGUUCCAAGAUUUCCUCCGAGAAAGGUCACAGUGGUCGGGGCCGGCAGCGACGUGGGACGCAUCGCCUCACUCUUUCUCAAACAACAAAAGGUCAUCAAGAUCUUAGCUCUAUACGAUGAUGAGCCGGAGCAUAAAGUGCUGGGCGUGGCCACCGACUUGGCGCACAUGGACACGAGCACGGAAGUGGAGGCCUACCAAGGAAGAGUGUAUUUACGAAAUGCUCUUUAUGAUGCGGACGUAGUUCUCAUUUGCGGCGGACACUACGUGUUGCCUCCUUGCUGCGAUAUUAGUGAUAGAGAACUAUUCUUCGAGAACAUGCAACUUGUGCGCACGGUCAGUAUCGCCUGCGCGCAGUUCUGUCCCCACGCUAUAAUCGCCAUACAGACUCCGCCGGUUGAUUGUAACUUCGCCCUUUGCAUCCACACUUUGCAGUUAGCGCGCACCUAUAAUAAACGCAAAGUUCUCGGCGUGAACGCAAUCAACUCGAUGCGGGCGAACCAGCUGUUCUGCUCCAUCACGGGUUCCGAUCCUUCGAAGUGUCACACCCCUGUCGUAUGCGGCACGGGACGAUGCACAAGGGUGCCCGUGUUCUCUGCUGCUAAAGCUGGAAAUUUCCCCCAGACUCAGGUAGAUUGCCUCACGAGGUUGGUGCGAGAGGCGGACGACAUCAUCUGCAAGGUUAAAUGCAAUAACGAACAGGGACACUUGUCGUUGGGAUUUUCAACGGCCAGAUUCGUUAUUAAUAUAAUGAAAGGCUUAUUUGAAAAACCGACGUUCAUAGACAGUGCGCUCGUCGAACAAGCUCACCCAGAAAAAUGUUACAACAUGAGCGUUUGCGCCACGCCGGUCACCAUCAGUAAGGGCGGCGUGGUGGAGUACGCGGUGCCCAGCCUUAAUCAAACCGAAACUAGAAUCUUAGAGGAUAGCAAAUGUGAUCUGGAAGACAUGUUGAAUCUUGGCCGAUGCCACGCCAUCGGCGAGGAGUACUGCCUCCAUCCAGAUAAAAUCUGUCCCUGCUGCGUGUGUCCCCCGUGCCAAACCUGCAGACCCUGCUAUGAAAGCGAAAAGAGACGAAAAAAUAAAUGAAUACCCACUUCACAGUGAUCCUCUCGUUUAUAAAAACUGUUCUGUUAAUAAGA